AUGCGUCGACAAUUGGAUGGUUUUGAUAGCCCUUGCAUUUCAGAACGGGAGUAUGUAAAGCUCCAGUACGGCCGUAAAAUCGCUCAGGAUACUUGUCUCCUAGCCACUAUGAAAACUCCAGACUGGUCACAUGGUUUUCCUGCAUUUAUUGGCAAACACAAUAUAGUUCCAUGCACUGUGACCAAUUCUGGCAAUUCCACUCUAAAAAUGUAUCCCUACUCGGUGUAUUCAUGUGCUUGUCAGUCGGAUCUCAGUCGGUGUCACAAAUAUCGGUCGAAUUACUUGAGACAUCGUUGCCUGUCUGGUCCAACAGUUGCUAUGCUACUUCCAACAACGGGACACGAAUCCACACGCACUACUGUCCACUCCUCAGUAUUUGAAAACUGUGGUCGCGGAGUAAUAGAUCAAUCUAUUCCGUUGUCUCAUUUAAUAAUUUCACACUCUCCAGGACCGAAGAUGACGUCUAAUUUAUCACAUCUGAAUACAAGAAGGAAGCGAAUAUGAUAGUAAUGUUUAAAUAUUACUCUUAUGAAAAUAUCAACUGGGGAAAUCCAAAAAAGAAAGGAAACGGAAGUAGUGCUCAGAAAUCUAAUAAUGUUAAAGAAAAUACUAGAUGCUCACUUCUUGAUAGUUUACUCACAUUAAAAAACAAGAUGACAUUCACUUUCUGCAGAAGCUGUUAGAAAAAAAGUCGAUAAAACUGGUCUGACUUUAAAAUAAUACUUUAUAAACUAAUUAACUAUAUGCAGACAUAAUGGAUCCUGAUAAUAUUGUCUGUAGAUGGACCAAUCAGUAUAGCGUAAUCACCAUGGGGACGAAGAGUGAAAAAGCUACCUGUCUAAAAACCUUAUUAUGAAAAUUUCGAGGGAUUGUCACUAUUCUUAAUACCGAUCAAGAUAAAUGACACAUCCCAAUCAUGUUCCGACCAAAUAAUGGCUAUCUUAAAUGUCGUAAAUGAACGAUUUUCUGAACCGAACUGCAUAUUUUUGAACGAACGUAUCAGAAGACUUCAAGUUUUAGGUAUAUGGAUGGGUAGUGGGGUGAGGUAGAUGACGGUGUUAGGUACUGGUGUUUUAUCUGGUUUUCAGCUGUUCCAUAUAUAAUGUGAGUUAAUAAGAUCAAUUUAGUCCAUUGUAAUGUCGGUUACCAUAUCAAACCCACAUAGGUUAUUGCAGCCUCUGGACAGAUCAAUUUAUUCAUUCGUAAAUCACAUUUUGGCCUUGUCACUUAACCGCUUAUCAACUCGGCUGUCUUUAUAUGAGCGUAUGUGUGCACACUUCUAAUCAUGCUCAUCACAUAUCUGUAACUUAUUUUUGAUCUGACUAUGAAUAUCGAUUCACGCUUGGCUAAAUUGACUUGGCUCACUCGCCUUCAUUGCGCGUUAUUUGUUUUGCUUCGCUUUCUGAUCAACAAUUGUAUGAAAUAUACGUAUUCAAAGAUCCAUCCUCGUAUUUGAUUCCGUUAUUCACCAACACGAUUCGAGUCGAUGGUUGUAUAUGAGGAUAGCAUGCAUGUAUAUUUCAACAACAAUCAUUCGAUAACGAUCAUUCAUACGAUCCAAAUGGAGUCAGAUGUAGGACUACAAAAUCAUAAAAUCAUUGAAGUGUAUAAUAUGAUUAUCGAUAACAUUACCCAUAUGUCUCAUUAUUGCCUAAUAUUGGAUGUGUCUUAUAUGUUGGGUGUUCCUGUAACACACAAGUUAAAUUAUAGAUCUUCUGUAUCGAAGAUCUAUCAACAAUCAAGAGUAACGUUUCUAACCGUUACUAAUGUGGCACCUUAAAUUCAUCUACUGUAGUCAGUCAUUUUAUGAUUUUAACAAGAAAGUUGCAUCAAACUACUUGUAGAUUCUACAGGGUUAUUUGUCCUUGAUAGGUUUUAUAACUGAAUCCAAGACAUAAGUAGUGAGCUAAUUAGCUUUGGGGAAAACCUCGUAGUCGGGAAAUUUUACGUUCUUCGCCAAAAUUUCCCCAAACUUUACUAUGACGGCUUCCCCAAAAUUGGUCAAAUUAUCCCUAAAAUUGGGAGAUUGGGCAAUUAUGUUAUUCUUGCUGCAUGUACCUUAUAACUUGAAAAAGAAUUAGGUGAUUAUACAAUUAAUGGCACUGUUUGAUAUUGUGAUUGCAUCUAUUAUCAAAGAGGAAUACUGACACCUAGAAAUUACAAAUAAAAAUCCGUAUUUUGGCAAGAACGAAAUAGGCGGAACUCUUGGAUUUUAAAUACCACACUUACCAGUUAAAAUUGGAUCCGCUUGACCAUAAUCUCUAGUUCUCACUAGGAGACAACUGCCCUCAUGUGCAUGGAUACGUUUUCGAGGAUCUCGUACUCCAGUAGUUUGUCUAAACUCCUGAUUGAGGCUUUUUCUUCCAAGUAAAUGCCUGUCCAAAUCUAAAAUGGUACUUUGUUUACAAGUUUUCAAAAAUGCAAUAUGGACUGCAAUAAUUAGGUUCCUCAUUAUAUCUACCCAGUUGAACCUUAAUUCUGAUGAUCGUUGGCGAUUAUGAAUAAGAUUCUUGAAAUUUAUUUGCAAGCAAAAUCUACCUGGUCAUAUUUAUUACCGGCAGUUGUAUAAAAGCAAGAAAAUAAACUAAAAAUAUUGAAAUAGGUAUUUCACGGACAAAUCAUGUCCUUCUUUUCUCACCUAUUUUUUAUAAGUUUGUAGUUAGAAGCAAAAGUUGUAGCCUGUUUUAAGAGUUCGGAACAAGUGACAUAAUGAACAUCAGAGUUUAAGGAAAUAAUAACAUAGUAUGGUAGACUUGGUCUAUGACUUUUUCAUAUCAGUUAAUUUAAUGAGUCGAACUAACAAUCGUAUAAUAUAUGUAAUGCUCGACGCAGACACGUUUAAAUCACAACUUUGCACUCAUUUUGAAAUACAAAAUCUGAUCGAACAUGUGACCCUGUUAAUUAACUUUUCCUAAACUUUGUGACUAACUGGAAUGCUUUAUAUAUGUGUCCUUAUAAUAUGCCUCCGUUUGUUUGCUUAUCGAUCAAUUUAUCCGUCAGUCACACUCCGUUUUUCUAUUGCUCUAUAAAUGUUUGAGAUUCGUUGGCAUCCUGGAUCGUUUGAACGCAUUUCAGUAAGAUGCGGGCUAGAUUCGCUGAUGUGAUCCUGUAUUUAUUUCAGCAUAAUACAAUCCCUAAUAUUAUUUUUAUUCUAGCGCAAUUGCUGGUGAUUCUAGUGCCGGUGUCGAUAUAAAUACAAUGCUGUUACCAUGGUGUUUUUAUUUCUGGUUUCAAUUCUAUUGUUAUUUCUCAUUACGAUUUAAUUCUGUUUGGUUUUAUUGUACAUGUCAAUCAAUUCAAUUACCUAAAUAUACGUUCAGGAAGAUUGCUAUUCGGCUUCUUAUGCCUUCAGUUCACCAUUAUUCAUCGAGCUAAAUAUAACAAAGCUAUAAAGUGCAGCUCACUUUCAUUUUUCAUACACCCAAGUUACUCUUGGGUUAACUUCAGUCAAUGUUUUUGAAUCACAAUCUCUAAAUUAAUGGUCUAGAGUACUUUACCAGACCAUACAGUUAAUUAAAUCCAAGAAAUGUUAAAUAUAUUUUUAUUCUCACUCGUGAUGCCUUAGUAAUAGACAUUGUCAAUCUUUAU